AUGUCAACUGUAUCUCCAAAUAAAUCAAUAGUCUUUAAGAAUAAUAAUAAUAGUAACAAUGUACUACGUCAAGAUGAAAAUAUAUCUACUGGAGAAUUAUCAAUUAUUAAGAAAAGACAUUCACCAAACAAAGAUCAUUCACCAAGAAGGAAUUAUUUACAACCAGUAAGUCCAAAUGUAGCAAGAACAAUUGAAACUCCAAAAUCAAAAUUUCAAAGACCACAAUUAUCAACAACUAGACCUUCAUUAAAUAUACGAUCAAAAUCGACAUUAUCAAAUUCAUCAAAUAAAUCUACAAAUAAUCCAUUUAAAUUACGAAGAACUAAUUCAUUAAUACAACCAUCAUCUUCAACUGCAUCAUUAUCAUCAUCAGCUGAUUUACCACAAGCAACAACUGAUCGUUUUAUUCCAUCAAGACAUAAUUCAGUUACCGGUAAAUUGGAAAUAUCGAAUGAAGAACCAUUACCAAAUGCAUCGCCUCAAAGUCAUAUAAAAGCACAAACAUCAAAACUUUAUAAAUCUUUUGUUGCUGAUGCUUUUGGUUUAAAAUUGGAAUCAAAAAUUUUACUUUAUAAUGUUGAACCUCCUACUAAAAAACAAGCAAUUGAUUUAUACAAAAUUCCUGCAAACAAAACUUCAAAUAGAUUAACACCUUCACAAGCAUCAGCAAGAGCUAAAAAAGUUCCAACUGCACCAGAAAGAGUAUUAGAUGCACCAGGUAUAGUUGAUGAUUUUUAUUUAAAUUUAUUAUCCUGGUCUUCCACCAAUCUUUUAGCCAUUGGACUUGAAGAUUCAGUAUAUGUUUGGAAUGCAUCAACAGGUGCUGUUGGCCUUCUUUGUGUUUGUAAUACUAUUGUUACUUCACUUAACUGGAGUCAAGAUGGAUCAUAUAUAUCAAUUGGUAAAGAUGAUGGCAUAAUCGAAAUUUGGGAUAUUGAAACAAAUACAAAAUUAAGAACAAUUUCAAGUGGACAUUUAACAAGAAUCGCAUCUCAAUCAUGGAGUAAUCAUGUUUUAACCAGUGGAUCAAGAAUGGGUAAUAUGUAUCAUUCAGAUGUUCGAAUUGCACAACAUUUAACAACUACGUUAACUUCACAUCAAGCUGAAAUUUGUGGUAUAGAAUAUAAACAAGAUGGUUCACAAUUUGCAUCUGGUGGUAAUGAUAAUUUAGUUUGUAUAUGGGAUAUAAAGAAAACUGAUAAACCAUUAUUUAUAAAAAAUAAUCAUAAAGCAGCAGUUAAAGCGUUAUCAUGGUGUCAAUAUCAACCUAAUUUAUUAGCAACAGGAGGUGGAUCAACUGAUAAAACAAUACAUUUUUGGAAUACAUCAACUGGAUCAAGAGUAAAUACAAUUGAAACUGGAUCACAAAUAUCAUCAUUAAAUUGGGGUUAUGCAAAUGGAAUUGGAAUGGAAAUUGUAGCAACUCAUGGUUUUCCAACUAAUGACAUAUCAAUUUUUAAUUAUCCAACAUUACAAAAGACAGGUGAAAUAAAUAAUGCUCAUGAUACAAGAAUAUUAAAUGGGGUUUUAUCACCAGAUAAUUUAACAUUAGCCACAGUUGCAGGUGAUGAAAAUUUGAAAUUUUGGUCAUUAUUUGAUUUAUAUAAAGAUAAGAAAAGAGAAUUGAAUAAUAUUAAUGAAUUUGAUGAACAUCAUGAAACAAAAAGGAUGAAAAAGAUAAUGAACUUAAGAUAG